AUUUUUUGAUUUUUAAACCGACUUCCAAAAAGGAGGUGAUUUUCAUGUGGUUCUCAUUUCAAUCCGUUAUUUUUUACUGUGGUUCGGGAAAAGUGUGAAGUGAGGAAACUUGGAAGAUGCUUUGUAGUUUGCAACUUUUUUGACUGAUAAAUUAUAUGAAUACCGCUUCCAUUACGGCUAGUUUCAAUACAACCGUGGUUAUCGUUGACCGUAGUAUGGUCUCGUUUCGUUGAGUUGUAACCUGUGGUUGUAACAUAGUAGAAAAAUAGAAAAUAAAAGUUUCUGAAAAGUACCUACAAGCUAUUUAAAUUUUUUUUGGUUGUUUUGGUCACACCAAAAUGACUAAGUGCUCAUAUUUAAUCAUUUUAUUUUGUGUAAGUGGCGCUUUCAGUAAAAAAUACAAUGACGAAGAAAAGCCGACGUGGGCAAAAAAAGAUAUUCGGGACUUCAGUGAUGCUGAUAUGGAACGGCUCUAUGAUCAAUGGGAAGAAGAUGAGGAACCUCUACCUGAAGAUGAGCAGCCAGAAUAUAUGCGGAAGCCACCCACUGUAGACUUUAGUAAACUUGAUAUGUCCAAUCCUGAAUCAGUUCUACAGGCGACUAAGAAAGGCCAAACUUUAAUGAUGUUUGUGACUGUUGCUAACAAGCCUUCGAGAGCUCGCUCCGAGGAAUUGACAAAGAUAUGGCAAACUGGUCUUUGGAGUAAUCAUAUACAAGCUGAAAGGUAUCUAAUAGAUGAUGAUAGAGCCAUAUUCAUGUUCAAGGAUGGCUCGCAAGCUUGGACUGCUAAAGAGUACCUUUUAGAACAAGAUGAAUUGAAGGAUGUUCAGUUGGAAAGUCAGACGUACCAAGGAAAGAACCCAGAUGUGAAAAAUAAGGCUGUUAGGGAUGAAUUAUAGAUCUGAAAAUGCUUAACUUGUAUUAUAAAUGCAAUUUUUUUUUAAUACUAUUUCUUGCAACUGCUGAACCGAUCUGGACAAAAUUUGGCAUAUCUGAUGCCUGCUUGUAAUAAUUAUUUUUAACAUUGGAGAAAAUUUACAUUCAAAUCACAGUUAGGGACUGCAUAGGCUGGGAAGUAUUGUCUGUGGAGUACAAAAUUGAUCACUUAAGAAAAACUGAAGUAAAAAAAACUACAAGCUUUUAUGCUCCGUGGACAAUAAUAGUCCUGCAUAGGCACACAGUCAAACUUUAUUGUACUCUAGACUGUAAAAGGCAUAUUAUUUGUAUAGUUUCUUACAUAAAAAUUCCAUACCAAGUAAGACUGUAGUUUAACAAAUUGUACAUAAUUUCAUUUUUAUGUAAAAGUUAUUUUUUAAAAUAAAUAAAAAAUCAAAUUGCUGAA